CUUUUGUCAUGUAAACAAACCCACACUGGGCAUGCGUCACCGCCGUAAUGGAGGACUGUCUUUUCUACCAGGACUUCGCGUCUAUCUUUCUACUACGUUAACUCGCGGCCUGUUAGGCCGAGCGUCACGUCCCCGUUGCAUCACACCUGCCAGCAGAAAGAAGCCAUCCCACGAUGAGCGGGGACUCUUCCACCCAGGGUGCUGCCCCUUGCAGGAUCAUGACGUUCACGCCAUCUAUGGAGGACUUCCGAGACUUCCGCCGCUACGUGGCCUACAUGGAGUCUCAGGGAGCGCACCGAGCCGGGAUGGCCAAGGUGAUCGCGCCCAAAGGCUGGAAGCCCCGGAAGACGUAUGACGACAUGGAUGAGCUGGUCAUUCCCGCUCCCAUCCAGCAGGUGGUGACGGGCCAAUCGGGACUCUUCACACAGUACAACAUCCAGAAGAAGCCCAUGACCGUGCAAGAGUUCCGCAAGACCUCUAACUUGGACAAGUUCUGCCAUCCGCAGUAUGUGGACUUUGACGAGCUGGAGCGUAAGUUCUGGAAGAACCUAACGUUCAAUCCGCCACUUUAUGGAGCCGAUGUCAGCGGGAGUCUCUACGACCCGGAUGUGAGCGAGUGGAACAUCGGCCGGCUAGACACCAUCUUGGACACGGCGGAGCACGAGAGCGGCGUGAAGAUGAAAGGAGUCAACACGCCGUAUCUUUACUUUGGCAUGUGGAAGGCUGCCUUUGCCUGGCACACGGAGGACAUGGACCUCUACAGCGUCAACUACUUGCACUUUGGAGAGCCCAAGUCCUGGUACGCCGUCCCGCCGGAAUACGGGAGGAGAUUGGAGCGUCUUGCCAAGGGUUUCUUUCCUGGCAACGCUCAAAGCUGCGAGGCCUUCUUGCGCCACAAGAUGACCUUGAUCUCGCCGUCCAUCCUCAAGAAGUACGGAAUCCCCUUUGAAAAGGUGACGCAGGAAGCGGGCCAGUUUAUUGUCACCUUCCCGUUCAGCUACCACGCCGGAUUCAACCACGGCUUCAACUGCGCCGAGUCCACCAACUUUGCCAUGCGGCGCUGGAUCGACUACGGCAAACACGCCACGCUGUGCUCGUGCCGCCAGGACAUGGUGAAGAUCUCCAUGGACGCGUUUGUGCGCAAGUUCCAGCCGGAGCGCUACAAGCUUUGGAAGGCGGGCAAGGACAACGCUCCCAUCGACCACGCGCAGCCCACGCCGGAGGCCGCCGUCUUCCGAAAAGAAAGCCCGCCUCCCGGCGAAGACGCGGGCGAGUGCUUCCGCACGCCCGCUAGCCCGAAGGCUCAGACAGCCACGAAGCGACCGCUCGAUGCCGCAGAGGACAUCGAAGGCAAGUUGGCUCAAGAGGAGGCGGAGCCCAAGAAGGCCAAGAUGGAGGCUCCCGUCAGAGUCGAGCCGGACACGCACGAUCAGAAAGUCAAAUUGGAGUCCGAGCCUCAGAAGACAGAAGAAAUUGAAAAAGAGAACCAAGAAGAAGAAACGCCCGAGAGACAAGAAAGUUUGCCAAGGAAAGACGACGAGCAGGAGCAGGUUGAGCCUGCCGCAAACCAUGCGCCUGAGCCUGCACAAAGCCAGGCGGUGCCGCCGAGCUCGCCGGAGGACCGCCGUCCGGGCGGCGGCGGUGGCGGCGGCGGGUCGGCACACAAAGCGUUCCAGAGGACGCUGAGCCCUGCCGAUGUCCUGCACGUGCACAGUUACGCCAAAGGAGACUACGCCGAGGAAGAGGCCCCGCCCAAAGACGAAAACGACGACGAUGGCGGCGAGGGCCACAAAGACGUCAACAAACAGAGGUCAGAAGAGGCUCGGGGUGUCACGCGGCACAAUGAUCUGGGCCAGCUACCCGGACAUCACCCGCUCAUCAAGGACGGCGAUGAAGAAGCUCCAGACGAGGCAUCCCCUGUGGCGUUGGGGGGCCUGGAGGGGGAGAGCUGGGCCAAGCCUCUGGCCCACCUGUGGCAGAGUCGACCCCCCAAUAUGAAGAAGGAGCGCGAGUACAACAGGAGGGCGGGCUCCAAGCCGCCAUAUUGCUCCGUUUGCUCGCUCUUCGUCGCCUACCAGCAGACGGAAGGCACCAACGCGCCCGUCAUGGCCGCCAGCGGGCACAUGCGCACCAAGCCGCUGAUCCCGGAGGCGUGCUUCGCCACCACCACCGAGGAAGACUCGGAGUGCGAGGAGCCGCCGGCGACGCCGCGUCUGGAGGAAGACGGGACCAGCCUCCUGGUCAGCUGCUCGCACUGCAGCGUCCGCGUCCACGCCAGCUGUUAUGGAGUCGAUCCUGCCAGUGUCAGCAAGGACUGGAAGUGCGCCCGCUGCAAAGCCAACGCCAUGACGGAGAACUGCUGCUUGUGCUGUCUGCGGGGGGGCGCGCUGCAGAAGGCCAACAACAAUAAGUGGGUGCACGUCCUGUGCGCGGUGGCCGUGCUGGAGGCUCGCUUCGUCAACGUCACGGAGAGAAGUCCCGUGGAUCUGAGCGCCAUCCCUCUGCAGAGAUUUAAACUGAAGUGUUACUACUGCAAAAAGCGUAUGAAGAAGGCGUCGGGCUGCUGCGUGCAGUGUUCGCACGGGCGCUGCCCCACCGCCUACCACCCGACGUGCGCGCAGGCCGCCGGCGUGCUCAUGCAGCCCGACGACUGGCCCUUCGUCGUGCACGUCACUUGCUGCCGACACAAAGGACCCUCGCAUAUCCAGCGCAACAAGGCGGCCAUGCAGGAGCUGACGGUGGGCCAAAAGGUGAUCUGCAAGCACAAGAACGGACGCUACUACCAGUGUGACGUGGUGCAGCUCUCCAAGGAAACCUUCUACCAGGUCAACUUUGACGACGGCUCCUUCAGCGACAACCUCUUCCCCGAGGACAUCGUGAGCCGCGACUGCGCCCAGCUGGGUCCGCCCCCCCAGGGCGAAGCGGUGCAGGUGCGCUGGCCGGACGGCUUGGUCUACGGUGCCAAGUUUGUGGCGUCCCGCGUCGUCCAGAUGUACCUGGUGGAGUUUGAGGACGGCUCGCAGCUGACGGCCAAGCGAGACGACGUCUACUCGCUGGAUGAGGAGCUGCCCAAGAGGGUCAAGUCCAGGCUGUCCAAAGCGUCGGACAUGCGCUUCGACGGCAUCUUCGAGGGGAAGGAGAUCAUCCGGGAGUCCAAGAGGCAGCGGGUCAUCAACUCGCGUUACCGCGGCGACUACAUCGAACCGGUCAUCUACAGAGCCAUUAUGGAGUAGUACCACUUGGGACUCCUUUUUUGUAACAUUUUUUAAAAAACAGGACUUUUUAUAUUCUUCUAAACAGAGGUAAGGGCAGUAUUUUUUUUUUUCUCCCUCUCUAAAAGGAGAAAAAAAAGGCCGGCAAAGUAUUUCAUUUCAUUGACCUCACAUUUGUUUCCGGGAAAGUGUCUUCACGCCGUUGGACACCUCUGACAUCAUGCACUUGCGAAAGCCCCACACAUCACUUGGGAACAAAUGGUCCACAUGACCUGCGCACAAAAUGUGGAAUGGAUAUCAACUUGGAUGUCUGGUGAAGCAAAUGGAGCGCACCUAGAAACUGAGAAAAAGGUGCGCUCCAUUUGCUGAAUUGACGGUGCCUACUUGACUUAGACCCGUUAAAUUUGGACGCAAAUUAGCAUUUUCUGCUCAUGUUUUUUUUUUUUUUCAAAAAAUCUUUCAACAUUUUAAAUACACCCCCGCACCAUGAGUGGGGCUCCGUUUUUUUUUUUUUUUUGGCCAGUUGUGCGCAGUUGUUUGUUUUUUUUUAAACCUGUACAGUACUUGGUGCUUUUCAAAGCCUUUAUUUUUUUUUCCGCAAAAAAAAAUCCAUAAAGCAAUCAUGACCAUGUUAGCUUUGCCGCCUGCCUAGCUUGUCACGGAUACAUUUUUUUAAAAACGUGUAUAUUAGAUGAAAUUUAAAAUUUAAAUAUGUAUAUGCCAUUAAAAAAAAAAAAAGCAGCUCCACUGACAGCAAGGCGAUGAAACAAGCUUAGCUAAGCUAACCGAACGUGUCAUUCUGACCCCCACCCCCCCCGAAUGUGUCACAGAUGCUAUUUUUUCUACCACACACUUUUUUCUUUUUUAAAAAAAAAAAGAUUUUACUUUUUUUAACGUCUUCCUUUCCACUUUGUAAUUUAAAUUGAAAGCGCUUUUAACUUUUAGCAGGGCAGCUUGUGUAGCUUUGGCGAGAGAUUUUUUUUUUUUUUUUUAAGAUAGCAGGGUUGUUGUUUUUUGCAAGUUGAACUUCUUUGUUUCAUGUUCAGUCAACUUCAAGAAUUGUUUGCUCCCCCCCCC